AGAGCUAGCAGAUAGUCGACGCACAUGCCACGCUGAUCUCUUCAUGUUGGUGGUUGCUGAAAUUAGGUGUGGAUAAGUGACUAAUGAAUAUGUGAACCUUAUGAAUGACCUCAGGAGUUCAAAGAGAAAAUAAGAUACAGUGAGCAGUGCGUGGGACAGGAAGGCCGUGAGGAAGGACUGCUGAUGUUUACAGCGCAUGGUGAGAACUUCAAGGAUGGCGGACGUAUCUACAUUAUUUUCUUUUGUUAUCCACCUUAGAAGUAUUCAUAUCAGUGUUGUGUAUUCCUUUUUCUAAAGAAUAUGUGCUUCAUGCAACGUAUCACAUACAUGUAUGUUACUAUGUGCGCGUAAAAGAAGAUUUCAGUUCCAAACAUAUCUUCGAAAAUAAAAACAUAUUUAAACCGCAACUGUCCAGUGAAAUUUGUUUCCGUUAACAUACGCAUUACAGUUUGAAUCAACAUUGCUCACAAAGAAAGUUGAAGAACGAGGAGCAUGUCGACUGCAGAGUGGCAAGGGAAUAACCGUCGGCGAUAAGACAGCGGAUGCCACUGGGUGUGUUUCCUGUGUUGACAAGAGCUGUAGUAAAUAAGCGUGUGGGGUACUCAUUCUCAUAAAGCUUUCAGGGGUGAAAAACUCUUUGUCUAUUCUCCUGGCAGGGGAUAUAGACACACCUCAUCGUCUCCCUUUCAAACAAAUGUGCAGUUGCAAGUGAAGGUUGCAAGUGAAAUACAAUAAGUGUUCUUCAUUGGUGCCAAUGUCAUAUGACGUGGUAUGAACAGUGUGCAACCUUCCCUGUGAAUUACGUUUUGAUCAUAAGAUCAGCAGGAAGACGUGACUAGCCAGCUGUGGGAGGGUGGGUUACUGGCCAGAGUAGGUGAUGGCGAUGACUCUCUGAGCAAAGAUUAUUGCUGCCAUCUUCCUUUGUUAAAGAACAUUUCCACGUCUGCUUCCCCGAACAGGCACCGUUGGAUGCAGCACAAUGUAUGAGAUGUAAAACAGUGCCGGUGUGAGAGGUUAACCCUCAUCCUAAUCAUGGGUAAAGGCUUGGGCGCCGGAGAGGGCACAGGGAAGGGUGUGAAGGGCGGCUGGAGGGUCAAUGCUUUUCUACUUCUCCUGACUGGAUGGCAGGCAGUGCUGCUCCCUUGGUCACCACUUAUCCUCAGAGAUGCCGGGUUCUCUGCCACCAGUGUGGGUGUACUGAGCGGAGGCACCACAAUGGCGGCCACCCUAGGUGUGAUAGUGUGCCUGCGCGCCAUGAGAAGGAGCCGCAGCGGGGCAGUGCGUCGUCUGUUGCUGUGGCUGCUGCUGGCUACAGCUAUCCUCCUGCAGGGAUCUGGUGUGGGAUUUGAGUUGCGCCACCUAUCGCAGGGAGGAGUUAUGUCAUCUUGUGUCAAUGGAUGGCUCUUUGCUCCAGCGUCAUCACUCUCAAUCCUGAACAACACGUCCACACCAACCACGCCUCAUUUUCCCAAAACAGCGUCGACAGAACAGGCUCAUGGACUUUCCUCAGGCACUAUAAUAGCAACAUCACCUUCGCCACCUCAGCAUAAUGAUUCUCACGAGGCUGGCUCUGUUGUCAAUCUCCACCUGCAACACACCACCCCUCACCGACCCGCAUCGGUCAACCAUACCGUUACCACCACUAUAACACCAACACCCACCACCUCUCCUGCUGAAGCUGCCACUCCUCCUCCUCCUCCUCCUCCUCCUCCUCCUCCUCCUCCUCCUACUACUACUACUACUACUACUACUACUACUACUCCUGCUACUACUGCUGCUGCUGUUGCUGCUGCUGCUACCAGUACCUUCUCAGUCGCAACCUCUUUAUUGCACCAUAGAGUUCCAGCCGUAAAGACUUCCAUAAAGAAAUCUAAUCACAAAGUCCACUUGAAAAACAAACCUUUGAUCUUUGGUAAUGGUAACGCUACGGAGGCACCGCACAGGAAAUUCCCUGCUACACGCAAGCCUGCUAUCCCAGCCAAUAGUGAUGGUUCACGAAAACAUCACAACAGUCAUUUUUUCCCGCCUGACGUUUCUUCAACAAAUUCUGAACACGGUAAAAACUUCAGAAAAACAAAAUAUCAGAAGAAUCACAAACACAUACAGCUGCCAAGUGAUGAUGAUAAAAAUUUAGAAGAUAAUGACAGUACCUCCUUCCAAAAAAAGUACGAAUAUGACGAUUCUGGAGAAAGCAAGGAAGAUGAAGAAGAAUUAGAUUACGAAGACGAUUUUCGGAAACUCCAGAAACACCAUCCGAUGUUAAACAGCUUCUCCAGCUCUUACUUUGAUAAGCUGCAUGACUCUCAAGGAAAUACAAGGUCAAAGCCAUCCAAGUUGACAAAUUUGCCUCAGCAUAACGUCAUAAAGUCAUAUUUACAGAAAAUCCCUAAUAAAAUCAGAAAUUCAUUCCAUAAGCCUCACAACACUGACUCUUUCACAAUAGAUCGUAAGCUGAAUGACCAGGAGAGCCUUCCUUUCAGCUAUAAUCCCAGAUACCUUCCCCUCAACCAUCCUUCUGAUACAAUAAGGGAUCCAUAUGAUGGUAAAAGUCAAUAUCAGGAUGAUGGCUUAUAUGAUAUCGAUUCUCGACACACUUUUUAUAGACGAAGCCGCAGGGAUCUCACCAAACCAGAAAAUCCUGUUCCUCCUGCCACAAUUCCAGCAAAGGAGAAGAAGCCGGAGCUCAAUGAUGCACCGGAAAAAAAACAAAAUUCUUCAGAAGAAAUGAAGAGCGAUAGUGUAAAGGUGAUCGUAGCCGUUCUCUUGGUCUUGGGCGGCCUGGCAGGUGCGGGGAUAGAGGCGGGCGUAGCACAACUGUGGCAUUGCAUUGUGCAUGGUUAUGAUGAGAGUGGCGUGAGUCAGGAUGUACUACAACGCACCAUUAGUCACACCUUUCACCUCAGCACCUAUGGGAGCCACAAGACUUGGACAGGCAUCACCUCGGGAGGAUGGACCAUGGGAGCGGGUGUGGUGUCCAUUCUGGCGUGCUUCGCAGGGAUCGGAGGUGGUGGUUACGGAGGCUUGCUGGUUGUUCAUCUAUCCCUCGGUGUGGCGGCCCUCCUCUUCCUCCUCGUCUUGCCUGUUCCCUAUGGCUCUAUUGACCCGCCCAGAACACGCCGCCCACUCUCCCUGUAUCUGGAUGACGAGGUGCUGCGAGAAGGAGUAAGGCGACUCACGUUCCACAUAUGGGUGUUCAUUAACGGGUGUCUAGUCGCUCUCUCUUUCACCUUCAGCCUGUGGCUCCUCCAAGAUAUGACAGCCGAGGGUUGGCUGGUGGGUAGCCAAGCAGGUGCUGUCGGCAUGACUCUGCUGUGUGAAAGUCUUGCCCUCCAUACACAGCGGCGCCUCGUCAUCCGCUGGGGUCUCCAUGGUCUGAUGGGCGUGUGCGGCGUGAGUCUCAUGCUCCAUUAUGGCUUCAUGUGGGCAUCCAAAAGUGCUGCAGUGGUGGUGAUAGCACACGCUGGCCUAGGCGUGGCCAUGGCUUUCCUGUGGGUGGCUGUGAAACACAACGCACUACUGCUCGCUACUGUCAGUGACCAGGAGCGGGAGGCGUGGGCAUCAUGGUGGUGCUGGCGGCUUGGCUUGAGUAUCGGUGCAGCAAUGUGGGGCGUUGGGGUAUCGGGGUCAGACGACAGAGUGCAGCCCAUGGUGCUGCUAGCUACCAUAGCAGCCGCCAUCUUUGCUUCCUCACUCUGCAUGACUGCCGUACUUUCGAGUCGAAAUUCAAGGACUAGGAGGCGAGUAUACCACACACUUGACCUUGAUAUAGCCAACGACGAGGUCGAUGAGGAAGAGGACGAUGCUACUGAGGAUGACUGGCUGGUCAAGAGAGCUAAAAAGGAGGGUUUAACUCUGUAAUCCAUGGCAACUCAACAUUACUGUUUGGGACUCGGAGGACGCACUUAUUUGUGCAGACAUUUUGUAUUGUAGAAGAUAGAACAAAGCCUAAAGGAUUUCUCGAUGGAUUUCGAUAGAAAUGAACAUUAUUUUCUUACCUCAACAUGAUGAUUAAUAUGAUUUCUAUAAAGAAAUGGCAGACACAUUUUUGAACUCAGUGAAAUUGCUCUUGAUCACACAGAUCAUUUAUAAAGUUCUUUCUAAACAUUAAUAUUAUCUGUGAGAGUUGUGAAACAUUCCUCGUAAGUGAUGAUAUGUUACAAGAACAGCAGGAUAUUUACCGUGAUCUUGCAGGUUAGAUACGAGUCUUUGCCGGAACAUAAAUUCAUAACAUUUAGCAAUUUGUCGUGUAAUCAGUACUGGAGAAAGUAAGUAUGUGUGUCCCAAACAUACAAGGCAAGUAAACAAAGGUAAAAAUGUUCUUAAGUAUGUAACUUAAUAGGAUUUAGGAGUAGAUGAUAAUGAGUAUUGUCAAAUCAUAUGAAAACCCUUUGUAUUGCUCCUAACUUCGUACUGUUGCAUGUCUUAUCACAAAGCAGUGUUGACCGGUUCAAACAGUAAAACGUAAAGGAAAUCAUGAAUUCGGUAACAGACCGUUGAUGUUUGUAAAGCAGGGUAAGUCCUAAUAUAGUGGAAUUGGGGAGCAUAUGAGCUGCUGGUCCUGGAAUGCGGACCACAAUAACUUUUAAGUUUAAGUAUGAGCACAGUCAGUAAGGAAAGAUGUGAAACAAAUAUUGUAGGAUGAGGUGAACAAACAAUUUCGGAGAAUGAAUCGGGAGUAUAUAUUUUCUAAAAGCAAAUUGUGUGUCCCGCAAUGUCUUGCUUGCAAGCUGCUUUUAAGAGCUGUGAUCUGUAGUCAAUAUGUUUAUAUGCAUUUAUACAUCAGUUAUUUUGCAAAUACACGAAUUUCUCUCUA